AUGGAAGAUCAUGUGUUUGAUAGCUUUUUGGAGCUCUGCAAAGAGUUUGCUGAGACUCUGACUGGCCUCGAGAUUUUCAAUUACACGGACCCAGCGUACAACUCGUGUAAAGAGUAUGAGUUAUUUUCUAACAAUGCGUCCGACUUCUUAUACCGCCGAGGAGCAUUUAAACCACCAGUUCCUUCGGGCAAUAGUCUGAAAUGCAUUGGCGGUAUGAGAUUAAUAAUACAGACGGGUGUAGUUCAGCUUGACACACCCACCAGUCGCGCAAUAUCCUUGCCUAAACAGCUUUACAGGGAGAUGUUCAAUGCAUUUCAUCUAAACAAGAGAAGUGUCGAUGCAGGCUCUACAUCUGGUUCAUCAUUUUGGGCUGUCGAAGACGGAGCUGAUGGUGAUUCUUAUCUCGCUUUGAAUCAUCGCCAGUCAUUUGACGGCGAUAACGGAGAAGCGCAUGUUUGUGAGAUGAUACUGUCGUACUCCUUCCAAACCAGGCUCACUUGCGGAUACCUCAGAGGGUCACCCAAGUCUAAUUUAGCAGAAGUAGUCGCUCAGAUGAGAGCUUUGCCACAGCAAAUGCUCCAUCCCAUCUCACUUCCGGUUCUUUUAGCAUCUUAUCAGUUGACUGCGCACAAGACACAAUCUUGUUACGAUGCCCGCGCGCGCCUCGAACAGCUUGAAUACAACGUUGCUCAGUGCCAGGAAGCAAAGUCUGGCAGCGAAGUGAUGGUAUUUGCAAUACCAUGCGACACGGAUGCUCUAGUUCGGGAGAUGGCCGAAUGUUACAGAGACACAACGUCAAACAGUACCAAGGAUUAUGGUGCAGUCUUGGAGGGGAUCGAAGAAGCACUAGAUACAUUCUGGGAUAUGUGUUCAGUGUUUGAUAUUGACGAGAUUAAGACGAUUAUCUCUCAGAAACAUAUGAAGCUGGUUAAUGAACUUGCCGCAGAACGACGCAAUGGAGGCUUCAUCGACCAGAACUGGAACAAAACCCCCGUGACAAAACUGCCAGCAGUGCUCGGGCCUAGCUAUCUUCCUAUAUUCUUAUUUGUCGGUGUUCUCUCUUUUGGUUUCUUGGCCAUUAGAGUAGUCAAUUUCUUGUUGAAUUGGCCCCUAUUCAUGCCUAUUGGGCUGAGUCAUGAAGGAGACUCUGGAGGGCAAUCAGAGGGCCCCAGCAUGCGGCCAGUGGAUGUCGUUGUAUAUGUUUUGUCUCUCGUCCCUAUGAUGGUUUUUGCCACUCUGCUGUAUAAAUCUGGGAGGAGAAAGGGGCCUACGAUCAAGAAAUGGGACAUGGAGAAGUCGCAAAACGGGAGCAAGGAAGUGUCUCUCCCUGCAAACGGCGAGUUACCGGCUCGAUAUGACACUUUCCAGUGCUCAUAUAGGUAG